AUGCCGCGACCUGAAUUACCGAGAGGUGAACCUCUCGAUCAGAAGCAGUGUAUGCUGUUCGGCAAGCUCUCGCCUGAAGUGCGAUUGCUCAUCUACGAAGAGGUUCUGGCCGACCCGCAGCGUCUGCUGCACUUUUUGCACGUUACCCCUGGGAAGGGCCGGCCCCAUAAGCUCGGACACUGGCGCUGCGAAGAUAUGGACACCACACUCGGUGAGCUCCGCCUACUCAGGAUCGAGAUGACCAUAUGGGCCCUGUUUGCGUUCCAUGAUAUCAACGCGGGUACGCCCGAACCUGAGUCACUCAUCUCCAUCUUCGAAGCCCUGAAGCAGGUGCAUGCAGAAGUCUACGAAGUCGAACUCAACGUCGAUUUGCCUGAGCAGGUACUGGAUGCGCUUGGAAACAUACCAUUCAGAAUUUUGCGGCUCAAAAAGCAGUACGACAGGAAGACCUUUUCUCUAUAA